AUGUCCGGCCGCGGAGAUUCUGGAGGUCGUGCGUACUCUGGGGGAUGGGGUAGACUCAAGCCAGUCACCCUUGAUCCCUUAGAAGCAGUUGGCCUGCCUUCAAAAGGCGACAAUAGGCUGCUCAACUUCAAGACUCAAGAGAACUAUUAUACCAAGAUUGUGGAUCGUUAUAUGAGCUUCUGUUCGGAUGCAGGGCGAAGUGAUGAACUCCUCCGUCGCAUGUCGCAGCUGUCACUUCAACCUGGUGGGGCCACGCAGAAGCCACCCGCCAAACCCCUUAAAGGGCUUGCAUCGUCCAUCUACGCCACACCCGAUACCAAGUCAACCAAUGCUCUAUCACAGCUUUCUUCUGUACUCAAAAAACCUGUUGAAUAUGAUUCCUCCAAAGACUUGUCCGUAUUGACAAUGUCGAUGCGCAAACUUCGCGAGGGUAUCGUGGCCUCGAAGCGCAUUGAUGAGUUCUCAACGCAGGCUUAUAUUUUUUGCAUUCGCCUCUCUAUUUUGAUUAAGCACAUGGAAUCCUAUCAUCCGGCCCUUCUUCAUCUUCUUCACAGGAUGCACACAGUACGACCCCUGUCGCGCCUCGAUUUACAAGAGUUCGCUGGCUACCUUGUCCUCGACCUUGCAUGUCGGCAGCAGGACCUGGCCCAGGCGCAUGUGGUGCGCAUUCGAUAUGGGGUAAAGGAUACAAAGAUAUUGACCGUCCUGCAUGCGCUGGCGCACGAUAAUUACUACGUCUUCUGGCAGGUCAAGAGGACCGUCGAUGGUCACAAAGCCAAGUUGAUGGAAUUUGCCGAAGAGGCUAUUAGGUUACACGCCUUGAAGUGCCUCGGGAGGAGCUAUUUUACAGUGUCCCUCAAGUUCCUCGAGCAGGUGACAGGAUCGACGUGGGAUGCGCUUGUCAAAGAAAACAGAGUGGGGUGGGAGCUGAAAGGCGGGGAAGUCAUUAUUCGGAAACCAAAGACACGCUGA